GGAAUUAUUAAUCAUGGGUUUUAUGUACAUUUUAAGUUGGAUAGCGUUGAUAUUUCAAAUUGUUUUUGUAACCAUAUCAAUUGCUGCCGGCCUCUACUACAUUGCCGAACUGGUGGAGGAGUAUACAAGUGCGGCGCGAAAAAUGAUCUUAAUGAUGAUUAGCUUUACCAUGUUCGUAUAUGUCAUGUUCAUCUUCUGUGAUGAUCUACCCUGGAGCAUGAUUAUAAUGGGAUUUGUAACGCAGCUAUUGCACCUGGCCAUUAUGAGCACAUUUCCGUUUAUUAAAUUCCUUUCGCUGCCGUUUAUUGGUACGGUGGGGUGCCUGAUAGCCAAUCAUUUGUUGGCUUUUCAAUAUUUCACCUCGGUGUAUUAUCCAUUUACACAGAUCCUGGCCUACUUCACAAUUUGCCUGUGGAUGGUCCCAUUUGCAUUGUUUGUCUCACUGAGUGCAAACGAUAAUGUCCUACCCACCACUGUCAGUGAUAGCCACCUGGCCGGAGAUCAAGAUGUUGUUAGCAAUUACUUUUCACGUGGCAAAAAACAGGGCCUAUUGUCGCUGUUUAAUUAUUUGAAAAAUAGUAUUAUGCCUGGUCGCAAUAAAAAGUCGUUUUAA